UAAACAGUCCGUUAUUUCAGCGUCUGAUUCUCGUCUGAUUCAUCAUUUCUACGCAAAUUUACAGCUUAGAAUAAUACUUAUUAACUUAGAAUUACUAGCGAAAUGGAAACGAUAGUGGAAGAAAUCGUAGCAGUUGAAGACUUAAAGAAAAAUGAGCAACUGUACAAUGCUGAGCUGGCACAGGGGAGGGUGACCGUCGGGACUCAGUUUCAGUAUGCUUGGUGUCUGGUGAGAAGUCGUUACAGGGAUGACAUGAGGAGAGGGGUCGUACUCCUGGAGGAACUCCUGCAUGGCGGAAGCCCUCAGGUCCAACGGGAUUGCCUUUUCUAUCUAGCCAUCGGAUAUUACAGGCUGAAGGACUAUACAAAUGCCUUGAAGUUUGUCCAAGGCCUUCUUCAAAUUGAACCCAACAACAGGCAAGGAGCUGAUCUUGAAAAACUCAUCAAAAAGAAGAUGAAUAAAGAUGGACUUCUCGGGAUGGCAAUCGUAGGCGGAGCAGCUGUAGCCCUUGCCGGUCUAGUAGGAGCAGGAAUCGCCCUAGCGAAGAAAUAGAACUCUCUUGCACAUCAUUUCCAAAGAAAAGAUAUUGAUGUUAAUAAUCUUUUUGCAAAUAUCAAACUCUGAUGUGAAUAUAUUAAACAAAGGAAUGUCAAAGGAUUUUCUGAUUGAUAAGACAUGUUCAUGCGAAUAGUACCGUAUACACAUUAGUGAAACAGGACAACUCCUCGAGGGGGAACCUCUCCUUUAGAUACAAUCCCCUGGAACAUUUUGUCCAACACUUUUCUUACACUUUUCAAAUGCAUGCACACUGUUUAUUUCAUAUUAAUGGAUUUAUUUUCAGACGGGCUUCUUGGAAUGGCAAUAGUUGGUGGUGCAGCCGUAGCGGUGGCAGGACUAGUCGGAGCAGGAAUUGCUCUUGCAAAGAAGAAAUAGCACUUCCACAUCUUUGAUAGUCAGGACAUUUUCUAAAUCAUCUCUCAAAAAUACAACUGUGAUGCAAAUGUGGAGAUCGUACUAUGGAAGUUCGAAGGCCUUUCUGAUGGAAUAAAAAUGUGUGACAGUUUAGUCAUGUAAACCUGUUAGCUUCUGAAGAACUGUCAUUUCCAUAGACUUGCACAGGGUCAAUCCGGUUCCAUUAUGCAAUGGGUUAAGUGAGGUCAGACUGAAAAUGUGCAUCCCAUUAUGACUGUCAAAGAAAAUGCUAGCCACCAUUGCUCCUGUGAGCAAUUUCUUUGCACAAUUACAUUUUAUCAUGUUAAUUGUCGAUGGAGCCUGUCAGCUUUCUCUCAUAAAGUAUUUUUUUGUAUGUUAACUCAACCUGUUCCAGUUUCAAGUUAUUUGUCACUCAUUCCAACUUACAUGUUUCUUGGUGAAUGGGACUGCAGUACCUCCUCUAUAUGGCUUUAUAUAAACAUAAAUUGUUAUUGUAAUUAAUUGUGCAUGGGAAUUUUUAAACACUAAUAGAUGUGCUUAGUUAAGAUUGAAAUACUCUUUUAGUUUGUUUUUUGGGCCAUCAUGAAAUGAUGAAAAGUGGCCUGUGUUUGCCUAGCUAUAAACCAUUAUUAAAAAAGGAAUAGUAAACAGUUUUUCAUCAAACUGAUUAAAUAUGUAUUAUUAACAUAAUUCUUAAAUCUGUCCGUGAUUGGAGCUUAAGGGGAUUUGUGGACAGGGAGUGAGUUCCACAGCCGAGUCGUCCUUGGUAUUGAGAUUGACGGAGAGAAGUGCAAGUUUGCAAGUUUUCAGUUUUUUUGUCUAAUAUUACGACUUCUCGAUCAUACCACACAUAGAUGGUGGGCCAUUUGAAAGCCUGCAGAGAAUACUAAAUAAUAAAAAGGCCUUUUAAAAUUUGUACACAUGACCCAAUCAAAACUUACAAGUAACAUGGGCCCUGCUGCUUAAGAGUUACUAUUUAAACUUUGCUACCAUUUUCAAACUAACAUGGUAAAGUUGCUCAAAAACCUAUAGAAAUCAAGAGAUCACGUAGUUACCUUUGGAUGGCCAAGUCACUAUUUCAAUAGUACCGUUUCUGCAACAGGUACCAAGUUACAGCUCCUGGGCGGUAUUCUGAUUAUUAUAAGGUCAGCCACUAUGACUGAUUAACCUAGAUGUAAAAUGGUUCCUAGGUAAUUGGUUAUGUACCAGCUUAGGGUCCUGUCCAGUUCAGACGGGAAUUACCAUACCUAGGUUUAACCCUAGUCUAAACUAGAAUUUUAAGCCACACAUCUAUGGAAUGCUAGGCUUCAUAAUAUUUCUUUCAUAUUCUUGGAAAUUUUUAUCUACCAAUUAAUUCAUUUUAAAUUCGGUAUAUUUCUUUAUUUUCAUAUUCUUCCCAUUUCAUGAAUCAUGUAUUUUUUUACAACUUUUUGCAGCAGGAUAAGAAUAACUUUUACCGGUACUUUGUGAAUUAGUUGACAACUGGCACUCCAUAAUAGCAUGGUCCAAGUUAACCCAGGUUUAACUAAACUGUUGCUAUUAGAAUAACACCCUCUGGCCCUUAUUCUGAAGUCAAGUUUAACUUUAGACCACGGUCUAACUCUGUGCUAAAAUUGUGGGGAGCCAAAAAUUCUGUUUCUCUUAUGUUUACUAUUUUGUUUCCUGUUGCUUUCAUGAUAAAGUAAAAUACUUCAGUUAUCAUUCCCAGACAAUUAUGAACAAUUUGAGUGUCAAAUGAGUUAAUCAAUUGGAUGUGUACUGUUAAUGAUUUGUGCUCCAAUUGGCUUUCCAUAGUUAAACCACAGCUUUAAACCAGGAUUUAAUUUAAACCCAAGUUCAGAAUACGGGCCUCUAUGUUUAAGCUUAGCCAGUAAUAAAACACAAGUGUUGGUUGCAGGUUUCACAUUGUUGUUUCAUCCUUGAUGUACACAUUGUAAUUCAAUUGGAUUCUUUUGAGAUUUGUUGAAAUGUUGGCUGUUUAUCGCUGAAUUUGAGUGCUUCCUUCAAAAUGAAAAAAAGAGCUGUGAGAUAGAUACAUUGUGUAAUUUGUAUGUGCUGCUAUUAUAUAAAUGUCUGCAUGAUUUUAUCACUUUAUUUCUUGUACUCUUCUCAAUUCACUUUAUUGCAAAUUUUAAAGGACAGUCCAACACUUUAAAAUACAUUUGUAUUAGGAGUGGGCUAUAAAUGGGCGAUUUUUUUAUUACUGUGGCAACAGUUUUUUGUAUUCCUUUUACCUUAUCUCAAUAUGAAAUGACAAUAUUUUUUGUCUCGGGUCCGAGAAAAGAGUAUGCCGGGCCAAAAUCCAAAAUGGCCGCCCAAACCUUCCAAAAUCACAUUUUUGGCCACAACUUCUUUAUUUGGUGGUAUUUUUCUCUGGUUUUGGUGUCUAUUCAUAUGUUUUUUGGGGCAGGCAAUUGUUUUUCCUAAAAUUAAUACUUUUGUAUUAUACAAUAUAAUAUAAGUAUUUAUAUAGCGCUCGUCACAUUGAUUGUAUCACAGCGCUUUACAAAUGAGCAAAAAUAAAAUCGUGAAAGAAAAAUAAUAGAUACAUUAAAAAAAGUUAAUUAACUAUUAAUAACAAAUGUCCUUAAUGACAGCUGAAAUGCUCCCGGAGAUGACGAUUCACGGAUCAAAGAAAUUAGAUGAAAGAAACAGAAUGAAUGAUUUUUGUUAAUGAAUAAAGAAGUGAAUAGUGAAGAUACGUUGCAGAUACAUGUAUUAAUAACUGGCUACUGCACUUACUCCGUCUUUGGUGAAGAUUUUGAAGGCUUGCUUAUUUUGAAACGUCAACAUAGCAAAUGUGACCGAGGUAUAAGUGUGACAUCCCUUAUUUCAUGGACAGUUACAUUCAAGAAUGAGUAAGUUUCACCCUUCCCCGUUUGUUAAAAUUCAAAAGGAUGCUGGAUUAUUUCAACAGCAGAGUGGCAAACCAUAAAAACAGAGCUGACUUACUAGUGAAACUCAAAUGCAACAACAAAAGAAAAGUAAAGAAACAAAAAAUCUAUAUUUUGUUGAGAAUGCAUGAGAUUACAUGUAGUUCACUUGUGCAGUCAAUGCUAUUUAUAUUUUUGCAAAGUUGAGUGUACAUAAAUAAGAAACAUUUUUAUUUUUGUUUUGAUUUUAAAUCGUACAAAUGUUGUGUUUGAAUAUUCACAUGCUUUUGAAAGUUGAUUGUUAAAGUAGUAUAUUGUCUAUCAUGAUUAAUCGCACAUAAUGGAAUAUGAGGUCUGAAUGUGACUCCUUUUGUACUUUGUAUAAUUGUUGUUUUAAGCUGAUUUAAGCUAUAAUGUAUAGGCUGCAUAUACAGCAUAUGAUAUAUCAAUAAAUAUUACAGAAUUUUGAAAAA